AGCCAAUCCAUUUCCGUGAAAAGCAAGCUAUUCCAAGACUUACGUGGGCCACAAAAAUAGAAUAAAUAUAGGUUGAAUAUGUGACCGCGCAUUGUUGUUCCAUGUGGUGUUUACCUUUUCCUAUUGGAUAGUGAUAGAUAUUGGAAUGUACGGUGAACAUGAGGACUCAAACCAGAUGGACGGUUUAGAUUCCACAAAAAAUCACGGGUGGGCCAAAACAGCUCGAACGUAUGGUAAUUACCAUACCUUGCAACGUAUACAACUAAUGGGCAACUACUCCGGUAUUCCCUCAACUACCAUAACCAACCACAACCUAUAAAAGGUCCACCAGAUCUAAUUCCUACCCUCCUAGCCACCAAACGAAUCCCACCUCAGUCAGAAUGGCUGCUCUCAUCAUCACAAUCAAUCUCAUCCCUCCAUUUUUCUCCCCAUCCUAAAACCUUCAUUCCCCUCAGACCCUCCAUCAAAUGGAAAAUCCUAUCCAUGUCCUCCAUUCCCAUGUCUCCUCUCUUCUCCCAACCGCUCAAAACCUCAUUUCUGUCUCUCCUCCAAACUGCCAAAAGACCCUAUUUCCAAAUCCUGCAAAUCCAUGCGCAAAUGAUCCUAACAGGCAUUUUCUCAAACACCUUCGCUUCGUCGCGCCUCGUUGCCGCAAUCUCUGCCUCAAACCCUUCAGACGCCGUCUAUGCUGAUGCUGUAUUCUCCCAAAUCCCCCACCCCAAUACCUUCAUCUACAACACCAUGAUCCGAAUCCACGCCGACAGCCCUUGCCCACUUCGCGCACUUAUCUUCUACCGUCAGCUGAAGGGGGAUGGCGUUCCAGUCGAUAAUUACACGUACCCGUUUGUUCUAAGGGCAUGCGGGUUGGUUUUGGGGUUGCGUGAAGGGAGAGGAGUGCAUGGGGAGGUGGUGAAGAGAGGGUUUGGAGGAGAUUUGUUCGUGGGGAAUGGGUUGAUUAGUAUGUAUUGUCGGUGUGGGGAGGUGGGGUUUGGGAGGAAGGUCUUUGAUGGAAUGGCUGUGAGGGAUUUGGUCUCGUGGAAUGCUAUGGCGGGUGGGUAUGUGGGGUGUGGGGAGAUGAGGGAGGCGCAGAAGGUGUUUGAUGAAAUGCCUGAGAGGGAUGUGUUCUCUUGGGCUAUGAUGAUUGAUGGGUAUGGGAAGAAACUUGGUGAUGUUGGUCGGGCUCGGGAGCUCUUUGAUGAGAUGCCAGAUAGAGAUACGGUUUGUUGGAAUUCUAUGAUUGAUGGGUAUGCUUCUGUUGGAGAAAUGAAUGCUGCCCAGUCAUUGUUUGAAGAGAUGACGGAGAGAAAUGUGGUUUCUUGGAGCAUCAUGAUAGAGGGCUAUGCUCGCCAUGGGAAAUCCAAGGAAGCUUUGGAUCUAUUUCAGCAAAUGCUGUACCAAGGUACGAAGCCUGACAAGGUUUCUGCAGUCGGUGCAAUCAUGGCAUGUGCUCAACUGGGUGCUCUUGAUCAAGGGAGAUGGAUACAUAAGUACCUAGAGAAGAACAAAAUUUCAUUGGAUGUUGUGGCUCAGACUGCUCUCAUUGACAUGUAUAUGAAAUGCGGGAGUUUGGACCAUGCAAGAAGACUUUUUGAAAACAUGCCUGAAAGAAACGUUAUUUCUUCGAAUGUAAUGAUUGUUGGACUUGGGAACAAUGGUUUUGGAGAAGAAGCUCUGGAGCUAUUCUGUCAAAUGGAGAGAGCAGGAGCUCCGAUGGAUGAUCUGACUUUCCUUGGUGCUUUGACGGCCUGUAGCCAUGCAGGUCUAGUCAGUGAAGGUUUGAGAAUUUUCGAUAGAAUGAGAAAUGCUUACAAGAUCCAACCUAAAGUUGAACACUAUGGUUGCUUUGUAGAUCUACUUGGCCGUGCAGGGCGGUUAGAUGAAGCUAAAAAUAUCAUUGAAACCAUGCCCACGAAACCAAAUUCAGCUUUGUGGGGAUCUCUUCUUGCGGCAUGUCGAACCCAUCGGUGUGUUGACCUUGCAGAAAUUUCAGUUGAUCGGCUCGUGGAGCUUGGAGCAGAUGACGGUGGGGUUUAUGUUCUUAUGUCGAAUAUCUAUGCCGAGGAGGGAAUGUGGGAUGAUGUGUUGAGGAUAAGGAAGCUGGUGACCAGCCGAGGAAUGAAGAAGGAAAUUGGAAGGAGUGUGAUCGAGGUUGGUGGCAGCGUCAACGAGUUUGUAAAUGGAGAUCGGUUGCAUUUUCGAAUGGAGGAGAUUUAUUCAGUGCUUUGGAGCUUGUCGAAGUCAUUGAUGUCUGCAAUAUAGGUUCUGGGUAUUAGGAAUGCUACUUACAGCUGCACAUGAGCAAGUCUUGAACCCAAGCACCAUGCAUGUGCAAAAUGGCACUCCUGUGUGAGAUCUGGGAUGUCCAUCAGGAGGGCCCCAUGUUGAAUGUGCUUGACCUUGGCCUAUCCACUGGCCAGGUGGUUCACAUGUGUGAAGGCAUGGAUGGUGAGAAAAUGAGUGGAUGUUCCACAUUAGAUGUACAUUUGAUGCUCUCUAAAUUAUUCAGUGUGGACUGCCUUAUGAACAGUCCAUGUGGUGGCAGAAGCGCAGCUGCAAGUAACAUUCACCUCCGGGUAUUGAAGAUUUAAGGAGAAGGAAGAAGAGUAACUCCCUCUUGCAGAUGGUUCUUCCGUUGAGGGUGAGGCCAUCUUCAGUGGCAUUAUUGAAAGCUGGAAAUGAAGAUAAGUCUCCUCCUUUUGCUUUUCAUCAGGUCAUGGAUUGAAAGACUAUGGAGAUGUGUCUCAAACUGUGUCAUUUGCAGUGCCAAUCAACUUAAGGAGAAAUGAGUAGUAAUGAGAGGUUUGACAUUGGAGCAUCAAACGGUAUCUGUCCGGUGAAAAGAAAAGACAUGGAUGAUCCAAUGAUAUGUGAUAGAAGGAUUUCAAAGAGGAAUUGAAAAUUCCUUAGCUUGUUUGGGAUAAUUGUAUGGUGUGCAUACUGUCUUCUUAUUUAGUCAUUUGUUGGGGGAUUUGGAAAGAGAGAUAAUUAUGCAUCUUUAAAGAUGUAAACAGCAUUGUCAAAUAAACCAAUAUGAGAAAAGGUAGCCUGACUGAAUAGCUGUAACAACUGGAUUUGAAUUCCGAAGGUAGAUGGAGAUUGCGUUGAAGCAGAGGUGAUUGGGGAAGGUCUAUGCAUCUUUGCAACUUCUUUCCCAAGGUCCAUUAAUCAGGGAGUGAAUGUUGUAAAUGGUGUUUGAACAAGGCCAUGGAACAUUGGAAGCUGGUUUCUUUCUUUGAAGAAAUUAGGUGAUUUUGCAGCAAGGAGAAGCAUUUUGUUUUCCUGGGUCCCAAGAUAGCAAAUUGAUCUGCUCUCAUUCUUAUGAAAGAGGGGUUGUCACGGUAUUCGCCUUUGUUAUUGGAAAUCCCUCAAUGUAGCUCUUCAUGGAUUAGAUGAGUCAAAUAGAGCUUUUGGACAUUUUCUUGAGUCCAUGAACAGGAUCUAGAUAGAUCUGUGGAUCUGUACAUCUCAAUCCCUGUCUACAAUUUAUUAAAAGUCAAUCGUUGCUCCUCAAAAACAUAGUGAAGCAGGCUUCUCAGCAACAAGGCAAGUGUUUUGUGGGCUCAGUAUGAAAUCCAUCGGGGUUUGUAAUAGAGAAGAAGAUGGGCUCACCAUCACUGAUUUUGUAGUUUUGAAAACUACUCGAACUUUCAAAAGUACUCAAACAUGUGAUGGUGGGCCCUGACUGGUGGUGGUCCUUCUUCUCUACUAGUCUGGCAGAGUGAACUGAGGGAUUUGUAGGGAUUCCAGUUUUUGAGUCAUUGGGUUUUGAAGGAUUUAAAUCAAAAGAGCUCAUUUUGCAUUCCCACCUCAAA